CUGUUAGUAAAUUUGAAAUGGAACGUAAUGAAAAAUCAUUAAAUCUAUUGGGUUGAUGCAAAAUUAACGACCGUUUUUGUUAGCGAUCAUUUUAUUCUCGCUUUCCUUCUUUUCUUUUUGCUAUUUGAAAGAAUGUUAUUGCAGAUAACAUUCUUUCUAUUCUCUGCUUUUGUUCUUUUUUAUCUGAUGAAGAAAUACUUGUGAUGUAGUGACUAAGCAGUUGUUGAAUAAAUUUAGAAUCAAUAAAAACGGUCGUUAAUUUUGCAUCAACCCAAUACUAUUAAAAACACGUCCAAAAGAUGUCUUUGAUGUAUUUAAACGUCAUUGUGAUAUAAAUUUAAUCACAAGUAUCUAUGUUGAUGUAGCUAAACAACAAAGAACAAAACGUUUAGAACGUGAACAAAACUUAGCUGUUUUAGCUAUUAAUCAACCAGUAAUCAUUUAUCGAGGGAAACGUCUUAAACAAACAAAACGAUCAGGUUUAGGAAAAAGAAAGGAAUGA